AAUAAAAUCGGUGGCUCGGAACUAAAAGCGGCGGGCGUAGGGACCGGGGGGACACCUGAGCAGGCGGACCAGGCGCAGUGUAAAGAGCACCACGAGCCAGAGCAGUAGUUUAUCUACACCGCUGUUUAAAACAUUGUUGUAGUGUCCUGUAUGUUCCUGUAGCUCUGAUGAGGUUUAUUCUGCAGACUGCAGCAGGAUGGAGUUAUUUGAAGAAGGAAAGCUGGUAAAAGUCUGUGCUCCUAUGGUGCGCUAUUCAAAGCUGGCCUUCAGGUCUCUGGUCCGGAAGUAUGACUGUGACCUGUGCUUCAGUCCCAUGAUAGUUGCAGCUGAUUUCAUUCGUUCUGCUAAAGCCAGAGACAGUGAGCUGACCACAAACUCCUCUGACCGACCUCUGAUCAUCCAGUUCGCUGCUAAAGAAGCUCAGACCCUCGCCACUGCUGCUGGUUUGGUUGCACCUUUCUCUGACGGUGUGGAUCUGAACUGCGGCUGUCCUCAGAGGUGGGCCAUGGCUGAAGGUUACGGAGCAUGCUUAAUGAACAAACCACAGAUAGUGAAGGACAUGGUGAGGCACGUCAGGAACCAGGUAGACAAGCCCAAUUAUGCCGUGUCCAUUAAGAUCAGAAUUAACAAGGACGUGAGGAAGACCGUGGAUCUGUGUCAGAAGGCGGAAGCCGCCGGUGUGUCCUGGAUCACGGUUCAUGGGCGGACAGCCGACGAGAGACACCAACCGGUGCAUUACGACGUCAUCAAGCUCAUUAAGCAGAGCCUUCGCAUCCCAGUCAUUGCUAACGGCGAUAUUAAAAAUCCUGGAGAUGUAGAAGCUGUGUGUGAACUGACUGGGGUGGACGGUGUUCCUAAUAAAAUGACUUUACAGUGGACCGCAGUGGCCUUCUUCCUCUACCUUGAGAUCGGGAUUCUCCUCCUGCUCUGCCUGCCCUUCGUCACGGCUCAAAGAUGGCAGACCAUAUUCAAUCUGAACGUAUGGAAUCAAGUAGCUUGGCUCUGGAAAAGAGGAUUUCUGGCAAUGAUUAUUAUCCUGAUUGUGCUCUUUCUAGAUGCAGUGAGGGAAGUAAGGAAGUACUCAGGAACUCAGAUCAAUAAAGAAUCUAAGAUGUACUCUAACAUGUUUGACCAUGUGCACAUGAAGCUCUUCAGAUCACAGAGGAACCUGUACAUUUCAGGCUUCGCCCUGCUCCUGUGGCUGGUCAUGCGGAGGGUCAUCACACUGAUCAGUCAACUUGCAGAUGCUGCAAACACCAACUCGGCUCUUCAGGUCCAGAUAGAGGACGCUAAUCAGGCUGCCCAAAAAUACACAGAGGAAUCCGAACAGCUCAAGCAGGCUUUGAACCAUUCCUCAGGAGAUGAACGGACAGCACAGGGAAACAACCGGCUCAGGGAAGAGGUGACCCAACUCACACAGGAGAUCAAGACAUCUGCUGAAGCUCUGAACAGGUCCAAGUCAGAAGCAGAAGCCAUUAAAAAGCAGACCGAGGCUUUGGCCAGAGACUACGAUCAGUUACUUCAAAGCCAAAACCAACUGCAGCGUCGGACCGAGACCGAAGAUAAGAAAGAUAUUUGAGGCUCAGAUUCGGAAGCUAUCCUGAAGCAGCAUGACGGCGUGUCCAACAGCCCAGGGUGACCCCACGGCACUGGGGUUUAUCACGGGGGUAAAGCAGUCUCUACAUGUCAUAGUCUUCACAAAAUAAAAAAAACAUGCUUUUCUAUAUUUAGAUUUUAUUACUUAGUCUUCAGUAACUGCUUUAUAGAUAAAUAUACAGUGCUGUGUAAAAGUCAAGAUUUUGUAUUAAGAGUAGUGAAGAUGAAUACACUACACAGAGCAUGUGUUUGGUCUGAAACUGUUUACAAAUGCUUCAGGAAGUGGAAAAGAACAUCCUGAAUGUAUAAUAAAGUCCCUAAAGCAGUACUGUAUAUUUCACUGGUUAUUGAAGACUAAUAUAUCAGCUGUUAGUGGUUUUAUUUUUAUUGAGCUGAAGUAUGGUUUGCAUUGAUCCUUCCUUUCCUCUCUGUUAUUUCUGUAUAAGCAAUGUUAAAUAUAAAAUAAGGUUUUAUGCAAUAAAGCAGUUUUUUUUUUACCUUCGUUAGCAGGAGCAGAUGUUGGUGAGUGUCAUUCCACCGUAUUCAUGCUCAUGUGACUGUGACGUUAUACAGCAAUCCUACAUCCCAUCAUAUUGUAAACAGCUUGAUGUAGUCGAGCCUGAUUUCUAACAAGCCCUUCCACAAUCAAUCAUAAAAUGAAAGAAUGAUCUGAUUAAACCCAAACCCAUACAUCCUGUCAUUGUAAACACUGGUGAAAUGUGUGAUGUGUUCAUGUUCACACAUCCCCCAUCCUCACUCAUUAAUCCACCAGCAUCAGUGAUUCACCUUAAACACUCUUCUAGAACUUUCCCGAGCCUGAAUGGCGUCAUUCACCCAAGACAAAAACGCAGGAACUCUGUCAUUUUUCAUCUGUCAUUUGUCUUUUCCAGUUAAUGUCUGUCGUUGUGUUGGUGUGACACUGUUUUUAUUUCACUGUUAUUAAACUGUUGUGUGUUCGUGAGAA